AGCUGAGACGGCAGCCGGGCUCUGUGUAGGAUUGGUUCUCCUGCAGUUGGGAUGGAGCUGUGGAUUGGUGCCUCUGUGUUUCACUUGGGCACAGUAUGUGCAGCUGUCAGGGCCUGGCUCAGAAAUUCUUUUGCCGUCUAAAUUUAUCCAUUUCUGCAGCCUCGCCACAGCAGCAAGACCGAGCAGACCUCCAUUUUCAGAGUCAAAGCGUCUGUCUCUCCAUCUGCCAGAACCUCUCCAGUUUGUGUGCAGAACACGUGGAUGAGAGCAGCGUAAGCCAGAUGCGAUGCCGGUUCAGCAGAGCAGAUCGCGCGCCAGGGAGAGGAACAACGUUCUGAACAGAGCUGAGUUCAUGUCCCUCACCCAGGCUAUGAGGGUCACUCAAGAGGGCCGGGGCUCGCUGAGGAAGUGCAGCGGGCAGCAACAGGCCCUGCCACCUGAGGGGAAAGAUUGCCCCCAUCUGCCCGAGGAGGACUGCAUGCAGCUCAACCCGUCUCUGCGUGGAAUCGCCAUUAACUCGCUGAUGGCCAUUGACAUCUGUCUGUCCAAGAGGAUAGGUGUCUGUGCCAACAGCUCCUCCAGCUGGGCCAGCGCCCGGCCUAUCGUCAAGCUAAUCGGGGUAACGGGUCACGGGGUGCCCUGGAUCGGAGGCACUGUCUUCUGUCUGACCAAGAGCAACACCUCAGCUGGGCAGGAGGUCAUCUUCAAUCUUCUGUUUGCCUUGAUCCUUGACCUGCUGGUGGUGGCAGCAGUGCAGAAGAUGGUAAGGAGAAAGGCACCUUCGGAGGUGAGCCCCAGCUUGCUGGAUUAUAUUGUCAUGGAUGUCUUUGCGUUCCCGGCCGGUCAAGCCAGCAGAGCUGUCAUGGUGACUCGAUUCUUCUUCAGCCACCUGGUCCUAGCUGUGCCCCUGCGGAUCCUCUUGGUGAUCUGGGCUGGAGUCAUUGGCCUCUCCCGUGUCAUGAUUGGCCGGCAUUACCUGACAGAUGUCUUCUGUGGAUUUUUCAUUGGCUACCUGCAGUUCAACUUGGUGGAGCUCCUGUGGAUACCAUCUGGUUGCCCUAUCCACAAGGUGUGUGUCUGCCCUGCAACUUGCAAUUGCCCACCGACAGAAAUCGAAACGUAUCGAGCUCUCAGACGGAGGUCCAAUGAGGCAACAUCAGCUCUACACCUGGUGGCGGUUCAUUGGCCAACCCAAGGUGUUUGUUGAGAGCCCAUUGGCUAGACCAGCAUCUCUGAUGCCAGUUCAUUGGCUAGACCAACACAUCUGAUACCAGUUCAUUGGUUAGCCCAUAGAUCUGGAAAGUGCCCAUUGGUCAGCCUAACAGAUCUGGUCAUGGCCUUUAGGCUCUCAACAGAUGUGUUUGACUGGCCAAAGAACUAUUAUAAGGCAUCUGUGGCUUUAAAAUGAGAAGCUAUUGAAUACAAUCUGAAAUUUAAAACUUGCAUCAGUUGUGGUGACCUUGAGUGACUGGAUUCUGAUUUCAAAAAGAUACCCAUCUGGUUUACCCGUGGCCUUUAGGGGAGGAAACUGCCAUCCUUACCUGGUCUGGCCUACAUGUGACUCCAGACCCACAGCAAUGUGGUUGGAUCUUAACUGCCCUCUGAAUGGCCAAUCAAGACACUCGGUGAUAUCAAAAUGCUACAAAAAGAAGAUGAAAACUCAACUGACCAUUGCCAUCGAGGUUGGCACUGGGCCAGCCAUUCUCAUUCCUGCAAACUCCUUGUAACAAACCUGGGAGAGAGUGGGGUCCGCCUGUUGGGCUGGUCAAGUGACAGCCUGACACAGCCACCCCCACAGAAUCAUACCUUACAAAUGUUUACAGGACACCCAUCAGCAUCUCCGGGAAUGUCCAUUCCCCCUAUCCGCAGGACAGACCCAGCAGAGCUGGAGAUGCUGUCAUACACCAGAGACUAUUUGCUGUGGGAGUCCUUAAUAUUAACCCUAAUGAAGGCUAUUGGCAUCAGUUCAAACAUGGGCAUGAAUGCCUCCUACUGGAGCCGCCACCUCCCUACAGCUGAUAAACAGUGAUCUCCAGCUGAGCACCAGCUACAAACAGCACUGAGAGUCUAGGAGCAUUGCUAAUGGUUAGCGCUGCAGCCUCACAGCACCAGGGACCGGGUUCGAUUCCAGCUUCGGGCGACUGUCUGUGUGGAGUUUGCACAUUCUCCCUGUGUCUGUGUGGGUUCCCUCUGGGUGCUCCGGUUUCCUCCCACAGCCCACAGAUGUGCAGCAAUGGGUGGAUUGACCGUGGGUACUGCAGGGUUACAGAUUUAGGGUAGAGGGAAGGUGACGGACGGGAUGCUGCUUGGAGGCUCGGUAUGGACUCGAUGGGCUAAAUGGCCUGUUCCACACUGUAGGGAUUCUACGCUGGCCAACUGUGUUCUGAAGGAUGUAGCUACCAGACACAAACAUGUGGCAGCUGUGAGAAAGCCAAGAAGAGACCAAAACCGCAUUAUCUUCAUUUUCACCAACCCAUCUGUGAGGGCAAUGGCCAGAAAGAGCCUUUGUUGAGUCUCUGAAGGAAAUGUGUCACCUUUUCUCAGAGUGACGUACACAGGGCACACUGUGCCAGUAAUCCAGAACCAAACACUCAUUCCCAGCAUGGAAGUUUAAAAACAAAUCAUAGUCUGAUGGUUACUGUAACCCAGACCAACUUUCAGUGAUAACAAAGUGUGAAGCUGGAUGAACACAGCAGGCCAAGCAGCAUCUCAGGAGCACAAAAGCUGACAUAUCGGGCCUAGACCCUUCAUCAGAGAGGGUUCCUGAUUCUAAUUAAGUUUAAACUCUACCAGGUGGUGUGUGUGGGAUUGAACCCACCUCUUCAGGAACUUUAUCUGGGUCUCUAGACUACUCAACCAGUACUGUCUCCCAACAUACCACUGACUCCUUACAGGAUCAAUGCUGCAGGCUCUUCCCUCAGGCAGAUAAGGGCCUCAAUGUAAUGUCCAACUCUUUUGUUUCUCAAGCCUGAGAACGGGAUUUGAACCCCAAACCUCAGAGGGAGCACUGCUACUGACUGGGCUCACAUUUGUUUACAAAUCAGGAGUGGGAUGGAAUACUCCCCACUUGUCCGGAUGGGUGCAGCGCCAACAACAUGCCAGAAGGUUGGCACCAUCUAGGAUAAAGCAGCCUGUUUGAUCAACAGUCCGUCCACUACUUUAAUCCAGCCAUUCCCUCCACCACUAAGGCAUGGUCACCCCCAUCUACUAGACAGACUGUAACAACUUGCUAGGGCUCCUCAGACAGCACCCUCCAAACCCAUGACCACUUCCAUCCAGAAGGACGUGGGCAGCAGAUACAUGGGGCACACCGUCCCCUGCAGAUUCCCCUCUCACCAUCCCGACUUGGAAAUGUAUCGCCGUCCCUUCGGUGUCGCUGGGUCAUAAUCCUGGAGCCUUCCGCCACAAGGACUGCAGGGGCUCAGCAAGGUACCUCACCACCACUUUCUCAAGGGGCAAUUAGGGCCGUGUGGUAAAUGUUGGCCCAGCCAGUGACACUCAUAUCCCACAGACAAAUGAAAACAAAACCUGAUAUGAAAGAGAUGAAUGAGUGUGUGGGGUUCCUCUAUACAUUGUAAGUGUGUGAGGAGUGAGGCUAAAGAACUAUUCAUGGAAUGAUUGGAUCGAUAUUGAACUUUGGAUCAGUAUGGGUUUCCUUUGUUUAUAACAUUUUAAUUAAAUAAAUCCUUUCCUACUCUCACAUGAUAUUUCACAGACUACCCUAUGGCCUCACACCAUUAGCUUCUGAUGAAUCCAGCUGCUCCAGCAUUCCUGUAUUACACCUUCAGUGACUCUCCAGAACUGUUAGACACACAGUUAUCCUGAAGACUGGCCAAAGGCACGAUUCAGGUAAAUUGGCAGGACUUCCAACUCUCGAAGAAAAAUUUACAUUUAUGUGUCACCUGCCACAAUAGGGCAUUUCCAAUGCGGACUAUACAGACCUUUUUUCAAGGGUGGCCAUUGCUACAAAGUAGGAAAUGACGUGACCAAUUUGAUCCCAAAAAUGCCAACGAUGUGAUAAUCUGUUUUUAGGAGCCGGUUCACAGGUAAAUAUAUCUUCAGGACAAGAUAGCCCUCUCACUCUGCUUCAAAAACAUUGUUGGGAUCUUUUGUCUGACAGGAUGGGCUAUGAUUCUAUGGAGUUUGCACCUUCUCCCCGUGCCUGCUUGGAUUCCCUCCAGGUGCUCCAGUUUCCUCCCACAGCCCAAAGAUGUGCAGUAUAGGGUGGAUUGGCUGUGCUAAAGUGCCCCGUAGUAUUGAGGGGUGUGUAGAUCAGGUGAGUUAUGUGGGGAUGGGGCUGGGUGGGAUGCUCUGAGAAUCGGUGUGGACGUGUGUUUGCACACAGUAGGGAUUCCACAAUCCUGAGACUGGGCUGUGAUGAACAUUUACCAUCUGUAGUUAAUUCCCCAAACCCACAGCCAGAAGGACAGCACAGCAAGGAGACCACCAGCAGUAAGUUGCUACAGCAGCAACACACCAUCCUGAUGUGGAAAUAUGCCAUUGUUCCUUCACUAUCCCUAACAGCACUGAGACUGCACCUAUAGCACAGGGACUGUAGGUCAAUUAGACCAAGGGCAGUGACGGAUGGGCCUCACCAUUGAUGCUGUUAUGGACCAGAUCAGACCCCCUCAAAAUAUUUUAAGAAGGUAGUCUAGACCCUAAAUUUUUCUUAUUCUCUAACUCUAUUUCUUACAGGCAGGUUGUACUGAGGAGGUGGGAAAACUGCAGAAAGAUUUAGACAGUUCAGGAGAGUGGUCCAGGAAAUGGCUGAUGAAAUUCAAUGUGAGUAAAUGUGAGGUUUUGCACUUUGGAAAAAAGAAUACAGGCAUGGACUAUUUUCUAAACGGUGAGAAAAUUCGCAAAGCUGAAGUACAAAGGGAUCUGGGAGUGUUGGUCCAGGAUUCUCUAAAGGUUAACUUGCAGGUAGAGUCUGUGAUUAAGAAAGCGAAUGUAAUGUCAUCGUGUAUCUCAAGAGGGUUGGAAUAUAAAAGCAGCGAUGUGCUUCUGAGGCUUUAUAAAGCUCUAGUUAGGCCCCAUUUAGAAUACUGUGUCCAAUUUUGGGCCCCACACCUCAGGAAGGACAUACUAACCCUGGAGCGUGUCCAGUGGAGAUUCACACAGAUGAUCCCUGGAAUGGUAGGUUUAACGUAUGAUGAACGGCUAAGGAUCCUGGGAUUGUACUCAUUAGAGUUUAGAAGG